GGGUGAUUCAGCUCCUGCUUUGUGCCAGUGUGUGAGAGAUGCAACAGAAUUGUCCAACCAGACCCAGAAAGGGCAAUGGCUGCUCAUCUCCACCAGAAACGAGAAGCAGGCAGAGGUUGCUAGCUGUUUUCCAUCAGCCACUCUUUCCUACAGAGACCGCAUGUCUACCACGCUGAAGGGCUACACCCCAGGCCCCGCUGUGCACUACCACCCUACCAAGCACAGUCUCCUUACAUCGAAGCCCUCAGGGUAUGUACCAGUCAUGCCUGUGGACACCCUGACUCCUGGAACCCGAGACCCCCCUGCGGUUCGCCUGCGAACUAAGGUCCCUGGUUACCUGCUGAGGCGCCCGGCAGAUGGUGGGGCCCGGAAACCUAGUGCUGUGGAGCGCCUGGAGGCUGACAAAGCCAAGUACGUCAAGAGCCUGCAUGUGGCCAACACUCGCCAAGAGCCUGUACAGCCCCUGCUGUCCAAGCAGCCACUCUUCAGCCCUGGGACUCACUGCACGGUGCUCACUCCUAGCCGUCGAGCUCUACCUGGCCCCGGCCGCCGACCCCAGCUGGACCUGGACAUCCUUAGCAGCCUCAUCAACCUGUGUGAUAGUCCCGUGUCCCCUGCUGAGGUCAGCCACACCCCUGGACGGGCAGAGGGAGCCCACCAGGCGCCCCCAGCCACCUCCCCACGCCCGCCACCUAGUACUGCUGCAGUCCGCCGCGUCGAUGUCCUCCCCCUCCCUGCCUCACCUGCCCAGCCCUGCCCGUCUCCAGGGACCACCACGGCCUCCAGCCCAGCCAGGACCCCGGGUUUGCAACGCUCCAAGUCGGACCUGAGUGAGCGCUUCUCAAGGGCAGCAGCUGACCUUGAGCGAUUUUUUAACUUUUGUGGCCUGGAUCCAGAGGAGGCACAGGGGCUGGGGGUGACCCACCUGGCGAGGGCCAGCUCAGACAUCGUGUCCCUGGCUGGACCCAGUGCUGGGCCGGGCAGCUCUGAAGGGGGUUGCUCGCACCGUAGCUCUGCCACUGUUGAGGAGCGGGCACAGGAGCGGGUCCCCUACGGUGUGUCGGUGGUAGAACGCAAUGCCCGUGUCAUCAAAUGGCUGUAUGGGUUGCGGCAGGCAAGGGAGACCCCAGCAGCUGAGGGCUAGCUCGACUCUGGAUUCGGUCUUCACCCCCAGACAGACCUUGGAGAGGCUGUUCCUGGGCCCUCCUGUGCCUUUCCCCUGGCUUGAGGCGGGUGGGUGCCUGCUGCCUUGUAUGAACUUGGUGUGGAAGAAAAGGCUCAGAGGCCGGACCAGCAUCCAUCUGGCAAAGACUGACCCUGGAGAAGUUGCCUCGAUCUCGGACGCCCUCUGCCUUCCCCCUCAUCCGUAGGGGCUUUGACAUGAGUGUACCCCUGCUUGGGUUGGGAUUUUGGGCACUUAGCCCUUAUCACUGAGGUUGAGGGACCAAGUCGUCUCCCCGGGCCUCUACCCUGUGGCUCUGCUUCCUUCUUCCUUCCUGGGCCUCUGUCAGUUGCUGACUUCUUUUUUCUUGCUCAGUGGGCCCUGGUUACCUGGAACUCACCCUGGGGUUGAGGGAAGGAGGGGUGGCCUGCCCACCCCACUUCUUGGUUUUUGGCAACGUGGCCAAGGAGCGGGGACUGUAGGAGGGACUGGCUGGCAGCCUGCACUGCUGACUGCCCUCCUCUUGGUUAAUAAACACCCAUGCUUGUU